AAUUGCUGUUUGAAUCGAGAAGUAUAAAAAGCGCAGACUGGAUUCCUUCAAACUAUACAUUUUUCGGGUGUGAUGUUUUACUGCACGAUCUUAUUCCCUAAUCGUGGAACUCGCGUUUUUUCUUUGUUUUCUUCGUUAUUUUCUUAUAAAAAUGGGCGCCUGCUUGUGCGAUUUGUGUGGACGUUUCUAACAGCUAUCAUUACAUGUGUAUGAGUGUGCUCUUAGUAAUAUGUAUAGGUAUCUCUAAUAAAAAUUGAAAACUCUCUUUUGACUUGUCUCCGCAGAUAAAAGAUGUUACUCCUUAGAAUUCGAAUUUUAUAAGAUAAACUAUGAUGAGACAAAAUCAACGAGUUAUACAAUUUAAAAACAAAAUCGUCACAAAAGAAAUGAACCUCUUCUCAUCUGUUGUCUAUCAGUCAAUGUCACACCUUUCAAGAAACAUUAGGGAAUGUCGUCAGUACAUUUGGAACAUAGCAGACUGGCAAUUUGUUGCAAACGUCAAACGAAGAUUUUAUACCUAAAACACGUACAAAAUGCAAUCACAUGGCAAGGCCCAUACCAAACUUACAUGACAUAUCUAGGUUAAAUGAAGAAAUUAAGCCAAAGGACUCUAAAACAGUUUUAGACUUGGUUAUCGACAAUGUAAGAAGUAAAUCUUCUAAAGAUUUGGUUUUCGGAACUUUAACGGGAUGGAUGACAGGCAUAAUGGUCGUCAAAGUGGGAAAAGUGGCUGCUUUUGGACUAGGCGGGAGUGUGUUGCUCCUCCACAUAGCCUGCGAGUACGGGUAUAUAUGUGUUAACUGGGAACGCAUCAGAGAGUCUGCUGGUUCGAGUCACGUGUGGUUGGAGAAGCUGAUAAAAUUCGUUAAGAAGAACAGUUGUUUCUCUGUUGGGAUGCUCGGCGGAUUCUUCUUCGGCGUCGCGUCUACUUAAUUUGGUUGAGGAUUUUGUUCAAUUAUAUUUUUUUGAAAUGUAAUAAUAGCUUUAAUGCAGUGUUUUCUUUAAUGAGGUGCCUUAUCUGCGUAAUGUCUUCAAAAUUAGUUUAUUUUCUUUAACCACUUCAAAGGGUAUAUUGCGGUCAUGAAAAUAGUCAAAUCAGACAUUAACGGACUAACAAACCACGAGAUUUUAAGUGAUACCCGUACCCCAGAGACACUAAAACUUAAUACAGCUCUCAAUGUAGUCUCUGAGGUGCGAGUUUGAAGUCUAAUUUGUUAAUAGCUUGGAAAGCAGUAAGGUUUACUUGAAUGAGAUUUGGACACUGUCGUUCAAGAACAUUGGCAACUGCAAAAGUACAGUCAAGACGCUGUCUACUACUUCCAUAAUAGAUAACGCUGUCCUAACCCUUUGAACUGGAAGGCGUGAGUUACUUUGCUGCAGGACCGUUGUACCAGCCCGUGCGUACUCAACACGCCUCACCACCAGUAGUUGGCGGGGGGUUAAAACCAAUAGACAAAAUACAGUAAAACCGUAUAAGAUCGAUGUCAAAGAAUUAUUUUAGGACAAUAC